AUGUAUACUUCGGGACUUACGCCUCGAAAAUCACCCAACAAAAAACUUAUCUGGAUCAUCAUUCGAACUUUUAUGGGAAUUUGGCAUUGCGUACCUAUCGAUCGAUUCUGGAACCCGACUGCUGGAGGUGAUCAAGGUUUUUGUGCUAUUGAAGAUAAGAAAUUCUUCUUUGGAACCAUUCUCGUUCAUGUUAUUCUUGAUGUCUGCAUUAUUGCACUUCCCAUCUUACAAGUUAGAAAGCUGCAGCUGCCUAUUGCGCAAAAGAUUGGUAUCUCGCUGAUGUUUGUCUUUGGUAUUGUUAUCUGUAUAUCAGCCAUGGUCAUUAUCGUCGCUUCAACCCAAUUCGAUGCCCAAUCCGAGAACCUUACUUGGAACUUGACCACCAUUGUCGUUUGGGCUUCGGUCGAAGUAAAUCUCGUCACUGUAUCGACCUGCCUUCCUACCGUCCGACCAGCCUGUAUCUACCUUUUCACAUGCACCAACCCCAGGUCCACCAUCAACUCUAGUUCCAACAGUUACGGCCACUCGUACGGUCGAAGCCAUGGUCGCAGCCAAACCAAGAACACCAUUCGCCUUUCAACAAUGCCCAACAACAAGGACAACGACGAGUCAAGCUCUACACACCAACUUGCCGAUUCCGACAGGGAGCGCCAGUCAUCAGACUUUGAGAGUCAUGCUAUGGAUCGAUACCGAGGAAACGUGGCUACUGUUACCGGACCUAGCCAUGCACGAAACCAAUCGGAGGAAUUCGAGGGUGGAACACCUUUCGGGGGAAUUAUGGUCAAGAAUGAGACUACUGUGAUGGUUUCGAAUGCCCGGCCGAGAUAA